CGCGUGACAGUCCUCUACCAACCAUCCAAGAUUGCAUUGCAUGAUACAUUCGGCAUCUGCAGACUAAAGAAGCGUAAAACCGACCCCCGAAACCGACUUUUCUUGGAUUUCCGUAUCUGUGUAGCCGAGGCGUUUAUGGACUACUUUAUCCGAAGCAGGCUUGUUAGAAUUAAGGUUUCGUGAGGCUCAACUCACGGUCUCUCAGGUAUUUAUUUGAACCACUUUCUUCCCACUAAUAAUUCAACCGCAUCCAUCUUAUCAUUCGUUCGUUACCCAACAGCAAACAUGCAUUCUCUGCCUAUGCUUUGGGUGCUUGCCGUUGGCACAAUUCUCUUCAUACUACCAGCUGUAUUUGCUGCUACCUAUCCUGUCCUAAACGAGUCUGCAUCUACCCCGCUCAACAUUAGUUCCGCCGACGUCGCACGACAGUUGGGACCGCAGCUCUCUCAAAAUGCUUCCAUCUACGCCGAAGACGAUCCCAGGUUUGCGAAUGCUACUUCUCGCUGGCAAUCGUAUAGCGCUCCCAACGUCAGCGUUGUGGUAGAAGUCGGGACUGAAGAAGAUGUCGCCACAACAGUUAAAUUCGCCAACCAGAUUGGAGUUCCUUUCCUUGCCAUAAACAGAGGCCAUGGGACUACCGCUACGCUUGGCAGACUACAGAAUGGGAUCGAGAUUUGGAUAAACCAGCUGGAUAACAUUGACGUUUUCGCCAACACCUCGACGGCCCUUUUCCAAGGGGGCGUAUGGGUUGAGCAGGUCAUGGCAACCCUGUUGGAUGCCGGCUAUGUUACCGCCACGGGGGCGUGUGGAUGUGUAAGCUUGCUGGGUCCUGGCCUUGGAGGAGGACAUGGCCAUUACCAAGGGCAUUUCGGUUUGAUUACCGAUGGAAUAACCUCUAUGAACGUCGUUUUGGCAAAUGGUAGCGCUAUUACAGUGUCUGAGAACUCGCAUCCAGAUCUGUUUUGGGGAAUGCGAGGUGCCGGUCACAACUUCGGUAUAGUAACCAGCUUCCAUGUGCAAAUCCACCGUCCAGCUGUGGAAAACUGGUACUAUGCUAUCUACGUAUAUACGGAGGACAGGUUGGAAGCACUCAUGGAAACCCUCAACGCCCUGGUGGGAGAAAAGCAGCCGAAAGAACUUUCGUAUCUGGGUUUCUAUCUCUGGAACACUUCCAUCAGUACAACUGCUCCUGUUUUACACUGGACGUUCUACUACAUUGGCACUCCUGAGGAUGCGGCACCAUAUCUCGAACCAUUCCAAGCUCUUGGUCCUUCGUUUGUUACAGACGACAUUGUACCAUACCCGGAAGUUCCAAACGCGGCAGGAGCCGGUUCCAGGACUCCUCUUUGUGGCAAGGGACUCACACGCAUGCACUUCUCCACCGGCUUAGAUAAGUACAACGUCACAGCCAACCGGCAGGUUUUCGAUAUGUUUAAAGAGGAAACAAGCACUCCUGAAUACACGGAGAACAGCGUUAUCGGCUUCGAAGGCUACCCUCUUCAAGGCUUCAAGGCUGUAGAUCCCGACUCGACUGCCUACCCCCACCGCAGCGAUAACCUCAUUGUCGUUGCGAUCAUUGGAUACGAACCUAAUGAAUCCCUCGACUCCAAUGCCAUCGCAUGGGGAAACGAGGCUGUGCAGGUUUUGGUGGAUGGAAGCCAAGGACGCAACAGGACGACCUAUGUUAACUACGCUCUUGGGGUAGGAAAUGAGUCGCUUGAGUCUAUUUAUGGCUACGAGUCGUGGCGGCUGGAGAAGCUGAAGGACUUGAAGAGGCGCUUUGACCCAGAGGAGAGGAUCAGCUUCUACAACCCGAUCCCUCUCUGAGCUGUUUGAGCUACGGCGGCUGACGAAGCUGGUAGAGAUAAAGAGACGGUAUAGCCUGGACUAUAGGUUCAACUUUUAUGCAGCGGGUGGAGCAAAUGAAAGAGCUGAAGAGACGGUAACCCGGACCAGAUGAUAAGCCUUUCUCGCCCGAUUUCAAUUUGAUAUUUCUUUUCCAUCGAUCACCAAAUGGGU